GACCUACAUUAUUCACGAGUCCGCAGACGUACUUAGCAGAAACACACACAAAGGGCACGCUGGUCCAGAGCGCUCAGCAGAAAAAUAUCUCGGUGGAGCAGGAGAUCUUACACCGGUCGAUGAUGUUUGCAGCAAGACAACGCAGGACACAAGCAGGCACCGAAUGCGAGGACACGGCCAAGAUAUACAGAUCCUAUUGUUUGAGUUCAUCGAAGAAAAUAGAAGCUUUAAAAUCUUGCUCGUUUUUCCUGCAUAACCCUGACUUAAUUUAUUGUAUGGAUCCACCAUCAG